CCAAAUCACUACGCGCUACGUUUCUUUGUAAUAUAUGACCGGGUUUAUAGGUAAAUAAAUGUAUCUGUUAUUUCUAUAAUCUAAGUAUUGAUAUAAGCAUGCACAUUGGCAUUCUACCCUACUCGAGUUCAUUGGAUAGUCUACGACUGAAAGAUAUCUAUACAUGUAUAUGUUAAAUCGUAUCGAAAAUAAAAUAACAGGCUAUGGAGACCGAACCAAAGACAAAAUGUACGAAGAAAUAUCAAGCAGUAAUGCUUGUUUUAGAAGACUUAAUGGUACUCAUCAAAUAGGAUGUUCCUCAAAAAGGGGUGGCUCUACAGGAGUCAUCCACUUCUGUGAGACUGAAAAGGACUUAGAAGAUAUAAUUGUUCAAGGAACUGGGUAUCCAUACAUUCCAAUAUUACCAUUCAAAUUAUUUAAUCAUGCUGCUCUACAUUUAAUGAUAGAUAGUAAUAAAAUAUCUGGACUAAUUCUUCAUACCAAUAAUGAACCAGUAGAUGUAAUAAAGAAUUUUACUCAUGAGAACCAGUGCCCAAAUCCUUAUUCUAGCAUUGAUGGUACUUGUAAAAAAGAAUCUGUAUGGAAUCCUUGGGGUACCGGACUACUUUAUUUUGAUAUUCCUUUUCCAAUAUUUUAUGUUGAAAGGACGGAAGAUGUCGGACUAAUUAGAGAAUGUUUUGUCAAAUUUAAUAAUUACUCUUAUCAAGAACAUGCAGAUAGAUCAUUAUGUUCUUUGGAACUUAAUUCAUUUAUGUAUGCCACAACUAAUUCACCAACUUGCAUAAGGCGAUCCAGCAUUGUAUCAAACUUAAACCCACAAAAAUUUUGUGAUCCAUUGGGAGACAGCAAUGUAUGGGCGAGUUUACAUCCUUUGGCAGAAGGUCCGAAGAAAAAUGAAACUAAACCUAUAAAGGAUUAUAAAUAUAUCGUUAUUGCUGCUAGAUUAGAUACAACGUCAUUAUUUGAGAAAACUAGUGGAGCUAGUAGUCCUAUCACCGGAAUUGUAACAUUGCUUAGCCUUGCAAAAUAUUUGAAUGACACUGUAAGAUUAGAAGAUGUUAAAGCAGGAAAGAAAAAUGUACUUUUCUUUUUGUUUAAUGGUGAAACUUAUGAUUACAUUGGCUCCCAAAGAAUGCUCUAUGAUAUGUUAAAUGGUAAUUUUCCAAUACCCAAUGCAAAUGAUACCGAUAUAUUACCUGCCAUUGGCCCUGAAGAUAUAGAUCUCUUUGUGGAAAUUUCUCAAUUGGGAAAUAUUAAUCAAAAGCUUUAUGUCCAUUAUUUAAAUGAUGGAAAAGUGGUCAAUAAUUUUGUGAAUAAACUAACUAACACCAGUUCGCCAGUACCAUUUGAAGCUGUCCCUAACAGUCUACCACCUGCUUCACUGCAUACAUUUUUGAAAAAUAGUUCCAGUUUUCCUGGUCUGGUCAUAUCAGAUCAUAAAACGUUCUACUCUAAUCAUUUCUAUAAUUCCGUGUAUGAUAACUCUAGCAACAUCCAUUUUAAAUAUUAUAACCUUACUACAGAAGAAAUUUCAGUAAUUCCGAAGGAUAGUAUACAGUAUUUUAUAAAAAAUAUCACUGAAAUCAUUGGUAGAAGUAUUUACCAGGAAAUUACUGGUCAUGGGUAUACUGGAGACAGUAAAGUUGAUUUAAUUUUGGUAAAUGAAUUGCUUUAUUGUUAUUUGGAAGAUCCUAAUUGCAAAGUUCAUCAGGCGGUCCAUAAGGAUUUAAACCUACCAAAAAUUCCGUUAGCUUUAUAUGUUGGCGUCAAAGGACAAGAACAUAAUGCAAGGAUUUUAACUAGUUUGACUUUGGGUUGGUUUACUGGAAAAACAGUUGGACAAGGCAAUAUUAAUUGUACAAAUAAAUUUAGAAGUUAUGCUUUCAAAUAUUACAAUAUGUCCAAAAGUAUAUAUGAUUUGAACGUGACUAUGUGCUACCAAGUAACAAUGAAUGCCACUGAAGCUGUAAGUCCGGCAUUUUCCAUAAAAGAUUAUGACUGGUCUUCUGGACAAUACAGCUCUUGGACAGAAUCUACGUGGAAAGAACUAAAUGUUAGACUUUUCUUGAAACCGUCAGCAAAUCAAGGCAAAAUGACCAUGGCAAUUGGUUGUAUUUCCAUGAUAUUUUCAUUUCUCUUGGUGUAUUUUAUAAAGUCCAGAUCACAUAUUUUGUUUGUUCCUCCCAUACCGACUGAUGCACCUACAGAUUGUUAGGAAAACAAUAGUAUUAGAUUUUUAUCAAAUUCAGAGAAGGAAAGUCAAACAUUUUGACUGAAAUUAAAGCUGUCAGAUUCUUUCAUUUAAAUAAUUAUUUUACUUUUAAUAAAAAAAAAAUAUAUGCUGCUAAUAAGUUAACUAAACAAGAUACUGAUACUCAAGAUUGGCAUAAUUUUUUUUAAACUUACACAAAAUCACUAAUUUUUGUUUUUUAAAAUUUAUUUAAUCUUUAUUUUUAUACGAAAAAAUAAUUCUGAUAGCUUUUACUUCUUACUUACACAAUAAUAUCUUAAUAAAGGCGAAUGAGAUUGUCAAUUGUCAUUAGAUUAAAAAAUUUCCCUUUUCUUUUAACUAAAAAUCGAAGAUUAUCUAAUAAGCCAAAGUAUUUUUAAACUUUAUUUAGAUAUUUAAUUAAAAAAAUAUGCUUAGUUUGUAUUUUUCACAAGUUGUGAUAUCCUAAUGUUUAAUAUCUGUAAAUUGUAACUUAUUUUUAGCCUGUAAGAACUCUACUAGAAAAUUCCUUUUUUUAUUUAUUAUUAGGUACUUACGUAAUUGGAUUUUUUAAACAUGUAUAGUUUUAAAAUAAAAUAUGAUUUAUUAUAAGACUUUUAUUUUUACAAGAUUGACCAAUUUCUUAAAUAUCUAAUUUGCCAUUUUAUCAAGCCAAUGUAACUAGUGGCCCUGUAUGCCAGUGUUGCAAACCGGAGGGAAAAUUCUCGUUUUGCGGGAAUUUUUAACACAAAAGGGAAAUUUUUUAUAAAUUGUGAAAAAUGUAUGAUUUUAAAAAUAAAUGCC